AUGAGCAGGAGCAAAAGCAGUAGCAGUAACAGUAGCAGGAGCAGGAGCAGUUGCAGUAGCAGGACUGGAACGGUAGCUGGCGUAGGGGCAGAAGCAGGAGCAGAAGCAGGAGCAGUAGCAGGAGCAGAAAAAGCAGUAGUAGUAGCAGGAGCAGGAGCAGGAGCAGGUGUAAGAGUAGGAGCAUUAGCAGGAGCAACAGCAGCAGCAGGAGCAGUAGCAAGAGCAGCAACAGCAGCUGCAGGAGCAGUAGCAAGAACAGGAACAACAGCAGCAGCAGCAGUCGCAGUCGCAGGAGUUGUAGCAGAAGAAGAACAGGAAAAACAGCAGUAUCAAGAGCAGGAGCAGCAGCAGCAGCAGCAGCAGAAACAGCAGCAUCAGAAGGAACAGUAG